AUGGGUGAGGAUGCACACAAAAUUGAUCGCCCUUUAAGCUCUAAACCAUUUUUUAGAGCCUUGUGUGGUUGCAAUGGCUUUGUUCUUGUCAUAGUUUCUGGUAUUAUGGUUGAUAAACACCCAAUACAUUUGCUAUGGAACCCCUCUAUAAGAGAAUCAAUACUACUUCCCGCUCCAGAGUAUGAAAUAUGUGACUAUACUCGUUAUGGAUUUGGUUAUGACUCAACUAGUGGUGACUAUAAGAUCCUUAGAAUUUGUGAUCAAGGAUAUAAUGAAAUUCUUGCGUUGAAAGGUGGUUCCUGGAGAAAAAUUGAUAAACAUCCUCGUGGUGUUUCCAAUGCGGUGACUCGUACUAGUUGUUUGGCAUUUCUACACGAGACAUUUCAUUGGAUCGGUAGCAUAAUAGAUCCUAGAUCACAUUGGAUUGGUGGCUCGAGAAUAUAUUCUCUCGUUUCAUUUAGUAUUUCAAAAGAAGUGUAUGGAGAGAUACCAUUGCCAGAGGAAAUAUUAUCUUUUGUGGGCAUCUUCUAUCUUGGUGUUUCAGUAUUGGAUGGAAUGCUAUCUGUUAAUUCUGUUACUUUUUCUCCGGAUCUGGAUUUGGAAGCUUUUAAGUUAUGGGUAUUGAAAGACUAUGGUGUCAAGGAAACUUGGAUUGCAUUGUUUACUAUAGAAGAUUCCUCUGUUUAUAGAGUCAUUCCGAAAUAUAGGUUUGCGGAUGGUGAAUUGCUAUUCAGUUGCUUUCAUAUCCCAAGUAGCGGAACUCAAUUUCGUACAUCCAGUACACCAUUUACGUCAUGGCUGCAACCUGGCAUUCAGAACAUGGUAGUUUUUACAGAAAGCUUGAUCUCUCCGAAAUCAGUAGUUUCUUAUGUAUGA